ACUACCUAUAUAUGUAGUAAAAUCCAAAGAGGUUGAAAGGGUGUGGAGAGCAUGGGUUAUGAUAUUGAGCGCUUUGUUGGCUACGUUAAUGAAGGGCUGCUAUGCUCCAUCUGCCGUGACGUGUUAGAAGAUCCAUUACAGGCGCCUUGUGAACACGCUUUCUGUACUGCUUGUAUACAUGGGUGGCUUGUUCAUCACAGUAACUGCCCUGAAGACAGACAAAUGAUCGACGUGUCUCUGCUACGACCUCUUUACAGAUAUAUGAAAAAUGAUUUGAACCGUCUCCAGCUACAUUGUAAAAACAGAGAGUAUGGCUGUGAAAUGGUUUGUUCUCUGGAGUCCAUAGACAGACACGAAAGGGAGUGUGAAUACAGUCAGAUACCGUGCUCCAAUGCUGGCUGUACAGUUCAGAUUGAACGACGCAACUUGGAUGGACACCUGGCAGUGUGCGAAUAUCGGAGCCGCGAGUGCCCCAAUGGCUGUGGUUACAUCAUCCUCAGCGCAGAAGACACGCAGCAUAAUUGUGUAGCAGAGCUAAGAACCGAGCUUGAACUACUUCGGUCAGAGAUGAUCUGCAGAGUUGAGGAAGCAAAACAUGAGAUGGAGUCAAGGUUAGAUUCACAGAGAAGGCAUAUGGUCCAAAAAGAGAGUAUUCUGCAAAAUGAAAUCGAAGAACUAAAGAGUCAGAUGUCACGAAUGAUGUCAGAUGUGCGCUCUCUGAUGGCAGCAGAGAGACAGCACCGCCAAGAGCUGGAGCAGGCAGAGCUGGAAAAGCGGGAGUUAAUGGAGCUGCUGAGGGGGCUGCAGAAGGACUGUCGAUUAACUACAACAGAGGGAAGCAAGAAGUCAACAAAUUUCCGCCCUCUAGCACGACUGGAGAGCGUGAAACGAAAACCUAGGGAAGUUACAGUUAUCUAA